AAAUUUUGAACCUUUUUCUAGGACAUUGGAAAGUUAUUGCAGAAUCGUGGAGCUGAAUUUGGAGUGACUACUGGGAGGCCAAGACGAUGUGGCUGGUUAGAUGUAGUGCUGCUGAGACAUACCAAUAUGGUGAAUGGUUAUACUGCUAUUGCUCUUACCAAGCUGGAUAUAUUAGAUGUAUUGAAAGAAAUCAAGAUUGGUGUUGGCUACUUGAAAAGAAAUGGAGAGAAAAUGGAACAUUUUCCAGCAAACAUGGGUGAGCUGGAGGACAUAAAAGUUGAGUAUAUCAUCAUGCCAGGAUGGCAGCAAGAUACUGCUCAGUGCCGAACUUAUGAAGAGCUUCCACAAAAUGCACGUAAUUAUGUUGAAAAAAUUGAGGAACUUGUCUGUGUACCAGUCAAGUGGAUUGGUGUUGGAAAAUCACGAGCCUCCAUGAUUACCAUCUUCUAGGAGUUGAAGUCUUGUAGAAAGAAAGUUGGAAAUAAGAGUCCCCCACAGAGGGCCUGCAGUGUUAGUGAAGUUGAGACAGAUAGUUUUAUGUAUGUUCAACAGAAAAGUUCACCUACGAAUUGAAGAUAAAACUCGGAAUUAAAUUAACGUGUUCAAGAUUUUGGCAGUUUCAUUUAAAACUGUGUCACUUGGGAGAGAAUUUCACACACACACACACACACACACAAAAACACACACA